CGCUCUUCCUCUUCCUCUCCAGAAGAGGGAUAUGCAUGUUUUGACUGUAAGGAGAGGAUUAUGCUUUGAUUAAACAGCAUUAAAUCGGGUUUUAUUUAAAUUUGGACAUGCUGGCGUUGAACUCUUUGCGGAUUUCGAGCUCGACUCGGGCUUUACUUCAGCCAAAAUGGCUCAUGAAGAAAGGACAGACUGUUUGUUAUGCUGUUACAUGUUCAGGACACUGCAUGUCUUCCAGAUUCACCAAAAAGGACACAUACCAUAGCACCAUGAGCUCUAUGGUCCAUGGAAAGAUUAGAGAACGUAGUUACCACGUCAAUCCCGUUAGUUCACGCAGGAGUUACUGUACAGCCCAAGUGUCACUAAACUGUUGGAAUUGCAAGAAGCCUCUGGAAAAAACACCUGUCUUCUUCUGUAUGUCUUGCAAAGCAGUCCAGCCCCCCGAAGAAGGGACAUCCUACUUUAAAAUCAUGGAUUGUGACCACACAUUCACACUGGACACUCAAAAGCUGCAGAAAAAAUAUUUGCAGCUCCAGCGGUCUCUGCAUCCAGACAACUUCAGCCAGAAAUCUUUGAAAGAACAGGAGUACUCAGAAAGCCAGUCGGCUCUUGUGAACAAAGCAUACAAGACUCUACUUAAGCCUUUGAGUCGUGGUCUUUAUAUGCUGGAGCUUCAGGGCUUGCAGAUAGAAGAGGGCACAGACCCUGGAGCAGAGUCUGAGUUUCUGAUGGAGCUGAUGGAGAUCAAUGAAGCUCUUGAUGAAGCACGGAGUCCAGAGGAAGCCAACAAGAUUGGCCAAGACAUGAAAGGAAAACUGGCAGAGUUGACAGAGGAGAUAGAUGCUGCCCUCUUUAAAGGGGAGCUACAAGCUGCCAAAGCUCUGCUGGCCCAAAUGAAAUACUAUGCAAACAUUGAAGAGAAAGUAAAAGGAAAACUUUCUGAAUUCAUGUAAUAGUUUUCUCUCUGAACAUGCACACUGUGUGAUAGUUUAGGGUUUUAAAUGUUUUGCACAAGAGAACAAAUUAUUUUACAUUUGUGUUGGAUUUUGUUACUGUACUGUUCAAGUGGAAUAAUAAAAUUUCCUAUAAUGUAAUAUA